UCCAGCUGUGUUGGGGUAGAGGAGCACCAUGCUGUUGACAUUGAUCUAUACCAUUGUCCCAACUGUGCAAUUCUCCAUGGGCCUUCUCUAAUGAAGAAGAGGAGGAACUGGCACAGACAUGACUACACAGAGUUGGAUGAUGGUUCCAAACCGGUGCAGGCUGGAACACGGACCUUCGUUAAACAGCUGCGGGCUCGCUCUUUCCCAAGUGCUGAUGAAGUCAUUUUGAAAAUGCAUGGAAGCCAGUUGACACAAAGAUACUUGGAGAAACAUGGGUUUGAUGUUCCCAUUAUGGUUCCUAAAUUAGAUGGUCUGGGGCUCAGACUUCCUCCGCCAACUUUCUCUGUUUUAGAUGUGGAACGUUAUGUAGGUGGCGACAAAGUGAUAGAUGUAAUAGAUGUAGCAAGACAAGCAGACAGUAAAAUGAAGCUCCAUAAUUAUAUUAAAUAUUUCACAAAUCCUGACCGACCAAAAGUGUUGAAUGUGAUCAGCCUGGAAUUCUCGGACACGAAGAUGUCUGAAUUAGUGGAAGUACCAGAUAUUGCCAGAAAGCUUUCAUGGGUGGAAAAUUAUUGGCCAGAUGAUUCUGUCUUCCCUAAGCCUUUUGUUCAGAAGUAUUGCUUGAUGGGUGUCCAGGACAGCUAUACUGAUUUUCAUAUCGAUUUUGGAGGAACAUCAGUUUGGUACCAUGUUCUCUGGGGUGAGAAGAUAUUCUAUUUGAUCAAGCCCACUGAUGAAAAUUUGGCUCUGUAUGAGUCUUGGAGUUCAUCUGUCACCCAGAGUGAAGUAUAUUUUGGGGACAAGGUUGACAAAUGUUACAAAUGUGUUGUGAAGCAAGGACACACUUUAUUUGUUCCAACAGGCUGGAUUCACGCUGUGCUCACAUCUCAGGAUUGUAUGGCUUUUGGAGGAAACUUUUUGCACAACCUCAAUAUUGGCAUGCAGCUCAGGUGUUACGAAAUGGAGAAGAGGCUAAAAACUCCAGAUCUUUUCAAAUUUCCUUUCUUUGAAGCCAUCUGUUGGUUUGUGGCCAAAAACUUACUGGAAACAUUGAAGG